AUGAAAUUCCCAGGUGGAUGCUACUGCGGCAAGAUCCGCUACGAGAUCGAUCUAGAUGAUAAAGACCAAGCUAGGACCAGCUUGUGUCAUUGCCGGAACUGUAAGAAAUUCACUGGUGGCCCCUUUGGAAUUACGACCAAAAUUCCCAAAUCGAGCUUCAAAGUCCUCGAGGGUCAGGACAAGAUCAAGACGCACGAGGGCGAUAACGGCGGCGGGGUCAUUUUACAUCGCGAGUUCUGCUCCGAGUGCGGGAGUGGCCUCUUGGAAUAUGGGGCAAAUGCGGGAGACAAUAUCUACAUCUUCUAUGGCACGCUGGACCAUCCGAGCGAUUUGCCGCCCAAGGGCGAGUUCUUCUGCAGCAAGCGGGAUCCUUGGAUGCCAGAAGUCCCUGGAAUCUUCCAUAAGCAGAAGAUCAAGGAAUAA